AUGAAGAAGAAAGAAGGAAAGAGAAGAAGAAGACGUUUUUCUUGUUGGUCGCCGGUGCACCUCGAUGGUUCGCUGAAACGAGUUUCUUCCUUAGAAACCGGUCCUGCUGACUUGCGUCUAAUGAUGGACGUGCCUGGCGUCGACAAGGAUAGGGAAAGGGGACUCGCCAAUCAGACAAAGACAAAUAUUCGGUGCUCUCCGGGGAGAAAAAAUCCUCGUUCAAUUGGAAUAUUCGGGGAAUCAGUCCUCUGGUCAGGCUUUGUGACGCCACCGUUCAUCAUAAAAGUGUUUGAAUUUCAAACAGCGUUCCAGCAUGUUUGGGGCCAUAGGAACAGAACGUUCAUUGAAAAUAUCAUUGCCAAAGCAAUAGAAGACCUACUUAAAGUAGGCAAAGACAAAGACGAAUAUAUUAAGAAACUUCAGAGGAGUACCACUGAUAUAAAGAACGAUGUGACUGAUGCUGGAAAGGAAGACGAAAAUAAAAAAAGGGAAUUAUUAAUAUUCGGAGAAGAAAUCUACAUGUGCAAAUUAAAGAAAAUGAGAGCGCGUCAAAUCAUCACGGUAUUCCAGAUUUCGUUCGCUCGAGCGAUGAAAACCGAACAUCCUGCAUUGAAAACUUUGGAGUAUAAAAAAUCGUACACGCCGCUGUGCAAUAUUAUAACUGUUCGCCGGAAAUCCAAAAAAGACAAUGAUGACAUGUAUCAGCGAUAA